AUGGGAACAGGAGAUUCAGCUUCGCAUCUUCCCGAGACUAAGAUCGAACUCUUGGACCACGAGGAGCAUGAGGACGACGAUUUUCUUAUGCACAUCAAAUCCCCACAAGUGAAGCCAUGCCGCAACUCGUCACUUGAUGGGCAGAAAUUCAGCCUGUCGCCCACCGCGGCCAAUGGACAUCACAAGCAGGGAGCCGGACAUGAAGAGCACCGCACUCUCUCACGGAAGUUCAUGUCCAUGUCGAACCUUCACCUCGACGACGAGGAGGAAGAAGCUGCGCCAGUAGCCAAGGAGGAAACCGCAGCCAAGCAUCAGGAGCAUGAUGCCAAACACCACACGUUGGAUCACACGGUAGGGACAGUCACACCCACCUCGAGUCUCAAGAGAACUCAAUCGGAGCUCGCGAUCGCUGUGGAAUCGGAUGAUGAGGAGGAGGAGGACCACGAAGAGCACUCGACCUCCAAGAUCGGUGAAGAGCUGCUGGUCGUGUUUGACAUGGACAGAACGAUGGUCGGUGACCUGGUGGCUCUGUCCGAUCGGGACAACAUUGAGACGAAUGUCGACUGGACUUGGUGGCCGGAGGGGAGGCACCAUGGGCUUAACGCAGACGAGAUCGUUCCCUUUCUGAAGCGAGGGAUGUUGCGCCCAGGUUUGAUCAGCAUGAUUCAGUAUCUACGUGAAAUCGGGGCCACGAUUGUGGUGUACACGCACUCCGAACGGGCAUGGGCGAGCAAAGUUUGUGCCGCGAUGGAGGAGGUGGCAGGUUUCAAGUUCAUCUACAGACUGUUCUCGAGGCAGGACUGUAAGGAUGGACACCCUGAGUUUGCUGCAAGGAAGAGCUUGCAGGAUUCCGGAAUGUCAUGGGUGUCAAUAUCUCGCACAAUCAUGUUCGAUGACGAUGGGAACGUGCUGGGGGGUGGAGAUCAAUGCCGCCUGAUUCGUGUGCCCACGUACGAUUACUGGGAGCCAUGCCAGUGGGACGAGGUGGUGAAUGAUGACGUCUUGAGCAAGAACUCUGCUGAGUGUGUUGACAUCGUAACACGAAGCGUGGUUGAGUGGGGCAUCGCUCCCCCAUCCUUCGGCAAGGAAGAUCUGACUGAGGGUGAGAUCGCGGCAGACAAGAGGUGGGAAGAGGCUAAGCAGAGGAAGGAGGCGAUCAAGCUCUCAUACAACAAGGUCGCCAAGCUCGACCGCCUUUGGUUCACCUUGAAGGAGAGUAUCGCGUCGCUGUCGGAGCUGGACGAUGACACAAUGGAGGAGCUGCCAGCCAGGCUCAGAAAAUCCCUGGGACAAUCAGCGAAGCCGAUGAUGAGGAGGAGAGCGUGAACUGUGUGUAUGAUAGCAGAGAAGUUGCUUCCGGCAAUGUUUCAAUGUACACAAGCUC